AUGGAACAGGCAGAGAGGUCUUGCGACCUCGACGAAAAACGCUCGGUGCCAGCCAACUGUUCCCAGUACGAGGUCUGCAUCGAUGGGCACUGGCGACGACGCACUUGCUCCGACCAGCGUUACUACAAUCCCGAACAGCAGCGUUGCCUGGAGCCUCGAGAUGACUUGGUUUGUGCCUAUGCCAGGGUCUCCCAGCUUCCCUCUUGCAGCAACCUUACCGAAUCCCAGACCUUGCCCGCCAAGAAUGGCAACUGCUUGCAGUUCUUCCGCUGCUCUGCUGGCAAAUGGCGUCUUCGCAACUGCCCCAAGCAGCACUACUACUCACCCCUGCCAGGAUCAUGCCUGCCUGUGAAAUUGGGUCACGAGCAGGAGAAGAACCAAACCAUUUGCAAUUGGGUGAGGACAAGGCAACCUUUGAAUAUUUCCACAGAUUGCGAAGAGCGUGCCGUGCGUCCCUCAGCCAUAGCUGGUUGCCAUAGCUACCUCAUGUGCCUGGACAAUGCCUGGUGGCUGCAGCAGUGUCCCCUGGAUAUGUACUUUAGCAGGGAGCACAACUAUUGCUUGCCAAACGAUGCAGGGCAGUGCGCCAUGGCGUCAAACCAGAGCCUGGAGAGCUGCUCCAGCGGUGAGAGUCGCUCCCUAAUAGGCAGCUGCCACAGCUACGAGCUGUGCAAGGAAAAUCAGUGGUUUAAGCAACGCUGCCAGGAGCGGGAGCAGUUCGAGCCCAUGCUGGGAUGUGUGCCCAGCGAUGGCAGUUGCCAGGCCAAUGGAAUGCGUCGCAUCUGCCGGGAGGGGGAGCUGCGUGCCCAGUUCGGACACAACUGCUCCCAAACCUUCUUCUACUGCCAAGCGGAGGAGUGGCAUCUGGGCAGCUGCCUCAGAGGCCACAGUUUUGUGGGAAAUCUCAAUAGGUGUCAACUGCAGGCUCAGUGCCGUUUGCAGAUGAAGGAACUUGCUGCAGAGAACCAAUGCCUGGGUCAAACUGAUGGCCUAAGUGUCCCCGAUCCCUCGGAUUGCACUAGGUUCUACCUGUGCAUGCAGCAGGUGGCCGCCAUCCCACAGAGCUGCCCCUCUGGCAGCUUUUUUGAUCCCAACAAAGGCUAUUGCCGGCCAAAUGAUGGCUCUUGUCAGCUGGCCAUUUGCUCUGGUUUGGAGGACGGCAAGCUAGUGGCCCACCCAGAGGAUUGUAGGGCUUACUAUAGCUGCUCCAAACAGAAUGGAACCAGUCUGGUUCAGUGUGCCGAGGGUCAGUACUUCCACAGUUUACUCUCCAUCUGUCGCGUGGAUAAUGGCCAGUGUCGAAAGGAGUCCGACCAGAAUGACACUGAAUCCGGGACGAAAACAUGCUCCGGUCUUCAUGGCGUAAAGCGUCCCCACGAGCUCUACUGCAAUCUGUACUACGCCUGCGUCAAGGGUCUAGCUAUCCCAGUAGAGUGUCCCGUCCAGCAUCAAUUCAAUCCCGUGCUCUCCGUUUGCGAGCCCGAAUCCCAGGCCGCACAGCCCUGUCGCAACGGGCAGCUGGAAGGGAAUGCCAGCUACAUCUACAGCUGUGGCAAUCUACAAGAUGGCACCUUCCUGGCCAACCGGACUGACUGCACCCGGUACUUCAUUUGUGCAGGUGGACUGGCCACGGCUCAGCGAUGUGCUGCGGGCAGCUUCUUCGAUGCGGAACAGCUGCUCUGCGUGAAGGACGAUGGUUCCUGUCCAUUGGUGGAACAGGUGGGCGAUGACGAGGACCCCAACAAUCAGCAUGUGCCACCCGAUCCGCUGGUGUGCGAGGGCAAGCACGGCUACAUAAUGCCAGAUCCGGCGAACUGCAAUAACUUUUACUUGUGCGUCUCUGGAAAACUGCGCCAUGAGCUUUGCUAUAAGGAUUACUUCUUCAAUGCCACACUGCAGCAGUGCCAGGCUUUUGAGGUAGACUCGCCAACGGAGCAGCCAGUCAUAGAUGCCCAGCAGGUUGAUCUCAAUGGCCUAGAAAGGGCAGGAGCCACUGGAACCUGCAGCGAUGCAGCCACUACUUUUGCUGGUAUCUGUGGAGUCAUUGGAAAUGGUGCCUUCAUUGCAGAGCAAGGCGACUGCCGGCGUUACACCAGCUGCGAGGACGAUGAAGCCCUCUCCCAGCGUUGUCGCAAUGGUGAAGGCUUCGAUAGUCUUUUGGGUAUCUGCCGUCAGAACGAUGGAACCUGUCUCAUGGAGAACGGCGAACGUGUGGGAGUCUGCAAUGGCAAGCAUGGACAGUUGGUGAGGAAUACGGACAACUGUCGGGGAUACUUUGUGUGCGUUCAUGGCCAAAUCAUAGAGGGAGAGUGCGCCCAGGGAGAGUUCUUCAACAAGGCGAGCAGCAGCUGUGAGGUGGAUGUCCAGCAACAGUGCAAAUCCGAUGGUGAUGAUGUGAUCUCCGGCGAUAAAUAG